GCGUCAUUUCACAUUUUGUUUCAUUGACUCGUAAGAUUCAUAACCCUCGAGUAUCCACCAUCCAACGAUGUCAUACUUGUAACAACUAAAUGUUCAGACUGGGCUAACUCAGGUCUUCCUGAUCCGCGAAGUUUGAAAUUGAAAUAUUUGCACUAUUGUCUUCCGCGUAAAAAAUGAAGUUUAUACUAUACACAGCAAAAUUAGGUCCCUUUUUAAUUGUCUCUAAGUUGGGCCCACACGUGUGAUUUUACACCCUGUAAGAGGCAUCCCAUCUUUUUGCGUCAUUGCUCAUUUUGUUUCAAUCAGUCACAGCUUUAUUCACAGUUCCAAUAUACCCGUGACGAAUAUCGUCGUUGACAGAUGGACAAAUUUAGCUUUGUUGUACCUUGUAUUUUAGCAAAGAAUAGUUGUUGUAUUCAUUUCAACAUCACGUAUGGACCGUGGGGACGUACAAAAUAUGUUGUAAUACUAUCUCUAAGUAAUCAACACUCGCUUCAAAACAUAUGGGCGAUAGGUUGUCUGCGACUUCACUUACGCGACAUCUAAAGUACAUAUUUUUAUACAAUGAAACUGCUUCGGGCUUGUCUUGUUAAUAUCUUGAUGUGCCUUCUCCAUGAAAAUGGUUUAGCAGAACGCUUGGGGAAAUUUUUCAAACGUAAAGCAUUUGCAGCACCAGCACGCGUGAGACGUGCGAACCAAUGUAGAGACAUCUACCACACACAGACAUGUACGAACAUCAAAAAUAUAAACCAAUGCCCCCAAUAUCAAGGGUAUUGCAAAAAAACCUGCGGUUAUUGCACAGUUCAGUCAUGUCGAGACAAACGCAAGCAAAUAGAAUGCGUGGCAUGGGUAAAAAAGGGUUACUGUACAAACACUUAUUCGACCUGGAUGAAAGAUAACUGCAAGUUUUCUUGUGGCCAUUGUUUGUGUAAAAAUAGACAUGUCUUCUGCGCGUCGUGGCUGAGAAGAGGAGAGUGCAAAAUCAAUCCUAACUAUAUGCUCAUCAACUGUCAGCUGUCAUGUGGAGUUUGUUCAAUAAAAACCACAAAAAGACCAGUUUCGAGAACCAAACCAACGCACAAAGUUACGACAAAGAUCAAACCAACUACAGCUUCGAGAACCAAACCAACGCAUAAAGUUACGACAACCAUCAAACCAACUACAGAUGGACCAAGAACCUGCGGUCGUUCGUCAACCGCGCUAUCUCGUAUCGUAGGAGGAACGUAUUCCAAUAUCGGCCGAUGGCCUUGGCACGCAGCAUUGAGAUCCUGUCGCAAUUGCUCAUUGCUUCCAUUCUGUGGGGGUACGCUUGUGAACAACGACUGGGUUGUUACCGCUGCUCAUUGUGUGGUUGGUUUGCUGGCCUCGGAUAUUUACGUCAUACUUGGUGACACAAAUAUUCAUAGCCGGAGCCUGGAUCAGAUGAUCUUAGGCGUGAGCUAUGUCUAUCGCCAUCCACUGUUUGGGAACAGAUCAAGAUACGAUUAUGACAUUGCCUUGUUACGACUUGCGAGCACUGUGAAAUUCAAUCAUUUUGUCAUGCCCGCGUGUCUGCCGCGACGAAAUGUCAGCCUUACCGCGGGCAAAAAUUGCACCGUCACUGGUUUUGGAAAAACGACGGAAAGGGGAAAGAAAAGUACGCGACUUAAAGAAGCAGAAGUUCCUCUCAUCUCGCCGUCGGAAUGCAAAAAGGUAAUGGGUAACACGGGACCACUUGGGAUAACUCAUACAAUGUUGUGCGCUGGAUAUAAGCAAGGUGGUGUCGACGCAUGCUUUGGAGAUAGCGGUGGUCCCCUAGUGUGCAAGAGCAACGAUGGCUCGUACGAGUUGACUGGGAUUGUGUCCUGGGGUCGAGGUUGCGCACGCAUCAACAAGUAUGGUGUAUAUGCCCACAUGGCAGUGCUUCGUAACUGGAUGGACAAAGUGAUCGCUGCUCAACCCUCUAAAACCUAGUAUUUAACAAUAUCAUUGUUUUGCGAGAUGUUGUGUAGUUUGCAUUACACUAAAAUACAUGGAACGCUACUGAAGCAAAAAAUUGAAGCCAGAUCUUACGCCCAGACACGCGUGUGCUGUGUUUCGAGAUUCUGAAAAUUGAUUAACUACACACGCGUGUGCGUAUGUAACCUCGCGUGUCAAAUUUGGCUUCAAGAAUUUAUUAGACUUUUCUAUUACAGGUAGCGUUCCAUGUGUUCCAGUUCAGUGGUAGUUUGUCUUGAUAUUCGGGAACAAUUUCUGAAAGAGACCAAAAAAUUUUUGGUCGGAUAAUUCGUUUGGUUACCUUAUAAUUUUUUUUUCAUUUUCAGUCCGAGAAUGACCUUUGUCAAUUUCUAUUUUAGUGUAUAAUCCUCUCAAAUUUGUCAAAAUAAACUGAAUUAAAAAAACAAAAACAA